CGUCGCGAGUUCCAAGUGACAACAAGUCGGCCAGUCCAAUCCCAACACAUCCAAAAUGAACAAAUUCCUCAUCUUAGCCGUUGCCACUCUUGCCAUUGCCUGCGUCCAAGCACGUCCGGAUGCGUAUGACGCGGCAGCCGAGACCCGGGAGUACAAGAGCGACUUGAAGGAGGACGGUUCUUACAGCUACCAGUACCAGACCUCAAACGGCAUUGCCGGCCAGGAGUCGGGAGUGGGCGGAUACUAUGCCAGCGGCUCUUCAGCGUACUACGCCCCCGACGGCCAGCUGGUCCAGCUGACGUACACGGCCGAUGAGAACGGCUACCACCCCGUCGGUGCCCAUCUGCCCACGCCGCCACCAAUCCCCGCUGCCAUCCUCAAGUCCCUGGAAUACAUUCGCACGCAUCCCCACCAGGAGCAGCGUCAGGGUCAGGGUCGGUUCUAAGUGUCGGUUCUAAGUGUCGGUUGGAAUGGAGAGUGCGAGCGAGAAAUUGUUGUAUGUUCUUUAAUCGAGUUAGUUCUAGGCCAUUUGAAAAUAAAUAUCGCUUCCGAUAGAAA